AUGCUUUGUCUUUUUAGAUGUCUACAAGAGGUGGUUGCCCAGAGGCAUUUCCUUCCUGCAUCAACUUUACACACAGCAACCACCCAGCACAACUCCAACAAGACAUCAAUUGUACGAUGCAGUCGACAGAAGUAUGAAAGAUUGUAUCCUGUAUUGCUCAUACAACCCGAUGGUUCCACAAUUAACAUUAGGUACAAGGAGCCCAAGAGGAUACUCAUGGUAAGCAUCCUUGAAAUGGAGACAAAUUGAGAGAAUGCCUUUUUGGAUUGAUACAUUUUUGCCGCUUUUGGCUAUUCAGGAAUACUACAUUUGAAUGCUAUUCGGACAGAUUGUGAGACUGAUUGUGAUGAUUUUGUAUUGUAUCCCUUCAGAUGCCUGUGGACAUAAAUACACUCUCAGAGGAAGAAAGGAAAAUCAUGAUGCGGAAGCGGGAUCCCAAGAAGGGAGCUAUUAAGCAGAGGACGGUGGAAUUCGAGGUUGAUUUCAAAGCUGAUGAUUACAUCAAGUUUUGGAAGAAGAAGUGA